AAGGGAAAACCCUAUGUUGGGUCCGCUGUUGAAAGUCCGCUUGGAUUGGAUCAAAGCGUCAUGGAGAGGUGAUCUCAUGUCGCCUCUGCCUCUUCUCUCAUCCUCUUUCUUCUUGUUCCUUCCUUCGUCCUGCAACCUAAACCUCCGUUGAAAUUAAAUUCUGAUUUUGGAAACCCUAGAUCUCCCGAUCUUCUCUCUAUCUCUUUCAAGCGGUCCUUUUAUCUCUCCCCUUCCUUCCCCGAAUAUUAAAAGGUUAAAAAAAAAAAAAAAAGGGAAUAUAAGUAUCAAAUCUUUCACAUCUCCCCGUUGAUCUUCCUAUAUGCAUUUGUAUCUCGUUGAUUUCACCAUCCAAUCGUUGCUGGCACCGAUUACGAUGGGCAUCAUUUGGAUUCCUGGUCUCAGGGUUCUACUGUUGUUGAAUUUGGUGAAUUGGAGAGGUUGAAGUGAAUCACUGGGCCGUUCAGGUGGCUUCCUUUAUCUCGUGUUAUUUCAUUUGGAAGCUUGGUUUCUGCUGAUUUAUCCUGGUUCCAACUUCGUUGAUGGAGCCUCGCGUUGGUAACAAGUUCCGCCUAGGUCGUAAGAUCGGUAGCGGUUCCUUUGGAGAGAUCUACCUCGGUACCAAUAUUCAGACGAAUGAAGAGGUCGCCAUUAAGCUCGAAAAUGUCAAGACAAAGCAUCCCCAGUUGUUAUACGAAUCAAAGCUAUACAGAAUCCUCCAGGGAGGAACUGGAAUUCCAAAUGUCAGAUGGUUUGGUGUUGAAGGGGACUAUAAUGUUCUUGUGAUGGAUUUACUUGGACCUAGUCUUGAAGAUUUAUUCAACUUCUGUAGUAGGAAACUUUCCUUGAAGUCUGUUCUUAUGCUUGCAGAUCAGAUGAUAAAUCGAGUUGAAUUUGUCCAUGCCAAGUCAUUUCUUCAUCGAGAUAUCAAGCCUGACAAUUUCCUGAUGGGCUUGGGGAGGCGUGCAAAUCAGGUCUACGUAAUUGACUUUGGUCUGGCUAAGAAGUAUAGAGAUACUUCGACCCACCAGCACAUUCCUUACAGGUAUGUAGCUUAAAAUCAUUAGUUGGAUGAGUUUAUUU